CAGUGGCUUGCUGACGGUUGGAGAGUGUGGUGGUAGUGUCUGUUAGCGCGCUUCUUUACCGCCUGCUAGGUACCGUUCACUUCUUGUGUUUCAACAUGAAGGCGGAAGAUAUUAUCAACCGAAUUAAUUUAAUUGAAAAGAAAGCCCCACUCAAUGGCUGCCUCCUGCCUCACAACAAAACUAAAUUCACUCCAUCAGGCCCCAAACAUAACUCCACCUCAAACUCCUUCAUUUCCAGUGUUAAGCCUGAUUGCUCCAAGUUGAAAGGACUAGAGGUGAGCAGCGUCCCCUACGUAGACAAGCAUGCAGAGGAGCUGCGUGGCGAGGACAUACCGCUGCACGUGGCGUUCUUCACGUUCCUGUCGUACGGCGUGCUGCUGCUCGUCGGGUACAUCAAAGAGUUCUUCAGUCCACCCUCCAGCAAGGAGCGCCACAGGGAGGACUACGUGCCGCUGUUCGUAGGCUUCGAGAGUUUCUAUUUCCGCAACGUGUACCGCCCCAUCAGCGACUGCUUCUGCCGCCCCAUCUGCGGCGUGCCUGGCGAGCGCAUGACCGUCCUCGAGCGCACCUCCCACAACAACAACUGGGACCAUGUUCUGACUGGCCGCAAGAUCGACUCAAUCAACGUGGGGUCGUACAACUACUUAGGUUUCGCUGAAAAGACCGGCCCCUGCCACGACGCUGCCGCCCGGGCCAUCUCAUCCCUCGGUGUCGCCGUCGCUAGUGCCAGGACCGAGAUGGGUACUCUGGAGAUCCAUCACGAGCUGGAGGCGCUGACGGCGGAGUUCGUGGGCACGGAGGACGCCAUCACAUUCGGCAUGGGCUUCGCCACGAACGCCCUGAACCUGCCGUCCCUCAUGGGCCCAGGCUGCCUCGUGCUCAGCGACGAGUGCAACCACGCCAGCCUCAUCCUCGGCCUCAGGCUCUCCGGUGCCACUGUCAAGGUAUUCCGCCACAACGACUGCAAUGACCUGGAGCGUCGCAUUCGGCGAGCCAUCAUCGACGGCCACCCGCGCACUCGACGGCCCUGGAAGAAAGUCUUCAUUAUUGUUGAGGGCAUUUACAGCAUGGAGGGCUCCAUCUGCAACCUGCCCCGCCUCAUCGAAAUCAAGAAGAAAUACAAGGCGUACCUUUACGUUGAUGAGGCGCACAGCAUCGGGGCGCUGGGGCCCCGAGGACGCGGCGUGGUCGACUACCACAACUGCGACCCCAAGGACGUCGACAUCCUCAUGGGCACCUUCACCAAGAGCUUCGCCGCUGCCGGGGGCUACAUCGCCGGCUCCAAGGCGCUGAUCCAGCACCUGCGCAUGAGCUCUGACGCGCAGCACUACGCCAGCGCCAUGGCGCCCGCCGUCGCCCAGCAGAUCAUCACCUCCAUGAGCAUCAUCAUGGGCAAGGACGGCACCGAUGAGGGCAAGCGACGCAUUGAGACGCUGCACCGCAACACCGUCUACUUCAGACAUCGCCUGCAGCAACUCGGCUUUAAGCCAUUCGGACACCCGGACUCGCCGGUCGUGCCGAUAAUUACUUUCCUGGUCACCAAAAUUGCGUUCUUGGUGCGGGAGCUGAGCAACCGCGGCGUGGCGUCCGUGGGCGUGGGCUUCCCAGCCACCAAGAUCACCGGCGCCAGGAUGCGCUUCUGCCUCUCUGCUGGACACGACAAACAGUCGCUGGAUGAGGUACUGAAGCACCUGAACGAACUUGGCGACGUGCUCUGCUGCAAGUACAACAAACACAAAGGCCGCGCUGAUCUACAAAUUGAGUGGUAGGACCUGUCAUGAACCUUCACACAACCUCCGUCAACUCUACUGCUGCUGCAAGUCUCGUAUCGACGCUUCGUCGUGUGUACUGCUGCUGUAUCGCCCGCAUCCGACCAUGAAAUGUUUAGCUCCACUCGACGCAUCUUACUAGGAAUUUUCUCUUCUCGGUUACUUGCGCUUGCCGCUAUUAUUCCCAUCUUUUCGGUUGUUAGCUGCAUAUAUUUUUUUGCAAAAUCAUAAUUUGCUGCGUUUAUAUUAGAAGUUUAAAGCUAUUUGAUGUUAAACUGGCGGUAACUUUCUAUCUUUCAUGAAUUGUCAUUAUAUCACAGUCGUCCCAUAUGUUUUUUGAAGUAAAAUUUUUUUGAUAUUCUAUGGGAGUUAUAGCAUUUGAAAAUGCUGUGUUUCGCAUAUUAAGUAUUUCUAGAAUUUCUGUUGUGGAAUUUUCCGAUUGAGAUCUCGUUUUUGCUCUGAUUUGCAUGCGUGCGGCUGCUGAUACUCUUGUCUCUGUUUCAUCUCACUGUCGAGAUAUGCUCGAAGUGGUCCGUGAGGAACGUCCGUCUCUGGUAUCAUAAUGGUUUAUAAAAAAUUAGCAAUGGCGUUAACUUAUCAAUAAGUAUCAAGAUAUUUCUUAAUUAUUCAACUUCUAAAUAGCUGGCAAAUGUUUGCACUUUGUUGCUCGUAAGUGUGUAUAUAUUUUAUCAGACGACGAUCAUGAAAAACUUCCCGCUCGAUGUUGACGAAAAUAAUUGAGCUACUAAAAUUAUAUAUGAUGUACUCUGAGGUUUAAAAAGUAUCGUGGUUGACAGUUUUGAUUCUUUAAUAUUUUUAUGUCUGUCACCUUAGAAGAUUGUGAUGUGUUGUUGAGAGAAUUGUAGCAUCUUUUUGAGCAACAAAAGAUUGAUGCGCUCAUGUGUCACAACGAAAUUACCACCUGAAUUUUUAUAGAAUCGCGAAUUAUGCAAGCUUUUUUGCGUUGAUAUUGAAAAUCAAUGAAAUGAGUUACAAAAUAGCCGUUGCCUGAAUAAUACGUGCCUUAAUAUUCCUCUUAAAUGGGGUUACAAGCGAUUCUGUGAUCUUCCUAAGUUGAGGACGGACAUCACCUUUACUAUUUUCCUGUAGCUUUGAAUUUCUGGGCCUUCUUUUAGCAUUAAAUGUAGUAUAUUAAAUCAUGGAUUGCAUCGUGGUAGUCUUAGAACGCCAGUCUCGGCGGGCAGUGAAGUGAUUACUUGGCUAGCUCCGCGAUGGGAUUUUAGUUUCUCGAUUAUAUAUAUGCGGUGUUUGCAAUUGAUAUCGUUGUUAAGGUAUAAUGAAGGAUGCACCUCAAAUAAUUCUUACGUCUCAAAAUAGACGUUCUUUUAAUUGGACGAGAAGAACUCACCAAGAUCCAUAGUUAGUCUAUCAUUUUAAUUCGCCCUGGUUGAAAAUGUAUGCUCGUUACUGUGAACUGUAAAACUUUGAGUGAAUUGCUUGAUUCGUUGCUAGCCAACCUGCAUUCCAGCAACUGCUAACCCAUCCUCGUCCCAGUGCCCACACCUCCUUCUAUAGCCCAGCAUGGCUGUUGCAUUGUCUCGCUGUUAGCAAAACAAGAAAAUGAUUUCAUUUGUUUUCAUUAAUUCCCUACUGAGGCACGAUUUUUUUAUGCAGUAGUGAAGAGUUCCUCGGCGUGGUUAAAGUUGAACUUGUAGUACUAGUGAACUGAAGACAUUCUAGAAUUUCUGUUGAUGUGUCCCGAACGCUUUGCUGUACAUUUAAUGCUCUCCCUUAAUCUUUUUUUACACUCUGCUUGUACAUAACUCGUGUGUUAUUGUUGUUGUUUCUGGAAUUGAUUGAUGAUAAAACGAUAUCCUUGUUAUAGUUUACAGUGGGAAUACUGCUACGUUGUAGUAUUCGAAUUUAACGGUUUUCGAAUUCAUUAUCCUACAAUGCAGUUCACACAACUAAUUAAAGGCUAUUUUUUUACUCCGGAAGAGAUUAUGUUGAUACUUGUGACACAUUGCCCGAUUAUACCCUGAAUGGAAUGCAAAUGUUGUGUGUGAAGUGCUGCGUAAAUUUAAUCUCGUUCUCAUAAGCGUCGCGUUGAGUGUUGCUGGAGUUCCGCUUUUGCUCAGAUCAUCAAAAUAUGCAGCAUAUGCAACGCUGUCAGCGCAUCGUCCUCAGGAUGAUGUCGUCAGAGUCGGAACGGACGAGGGUCCUGAAUAACAGCCGAGUCCACGUCAAAACUUAGACGUAUCCUUGUUAUAAGACGGCCGCUCGUUCUUGUGUCAACUAGACUUUUGGUAUGAGCGUCGCUGCCGUUUCGACGCCCUCUUGCAGACAUGUCACCGGUGCAGCUCGUGUAAUGUUCUUCGUUAAUGUGUGUUUGUAGUUUUUAAGUUUAUAUUUCAUAUUUUUAGUUCCUUAACAUUAACCGAAUGUCCCCAGGUUCACGCAUCAUCAAGGAUGAUUUCUUGGUGCUCCUGACUAUUAGGCGGAAACAGUAGAAUGUUUAUUUUGGUGAAUAUCCUAAAAUGACUUCUUGGUGGCCAACUCAAAGAAUUGCUCUGUUUCCUAGAAUUAACCAAGCCCUAUAAUUUUAAUAAUAAAUAAAAUUUGAAUGAGUAUUUGUUGAUAGCACUGAAGGCUGAAACUGCAGCAGGAUAGAAUCUGGUCGCUCUUGUUUUGUUCGCCUGUCAGUUUUCCUACAAGAAUAUUUCUCUGACUGCAAGAGUUGGAAAUAUUGUGGUCGCAUCUUUUUCAUUUACCGCACCUAUUCUUGCUUAAUGUUAUUGCAUUAGCAUUCCUCUGCGCUGCCGUUCGUCCGCCGAACGAUUCUUGCUGCAUCUUCCUAGAAAUUCGAUGUUUUCUGUCGUAUGGAAUGCGGGUAGUCCCAUAGCAAUCAUUUAGCCAUUGUGUGAGGGUAUUCUAAUUUGUAUGGUAUUAUUUACCCUGACUUGCAACUCCACUUAUUCAAGUUUUUCAAUAAUUAAUGUAAGCCUUCUUCAAUACUUUUCUUGGCCUGGAAUGUCUUUUCAAUUAUUGACGACAAUAGAUUCAGUGGUUCAUCCACCAUACUUGGCUGUUCAUAACAGAAAUGGGUUUCAAUGCCAACGCUAAAAUCAAAUCUUGAAAUGGGAUCUGAAUGUGGCACGUGCGUCUAUCGCCCUAGCGUCUGUCUGUGUUUUUUUUUUUUUUUGCUCGCUUCCUGCGUUGGUCCUCGUAUGAAGCGAGACAUUAAGUAUUUAACAAAUAUGUUCAUUUAUGGGUAAACCAACCACGAUAUUUUCGUGCAUGUUACGUCUGUUGUCCCAAAAUUCUUAGCAUUCUGUAACUAGGCAUUCAUUCUCGCCUGUCUAAAGUUUAAAGAUUUAUUGACCUUUCGAGCGUAAAUGAUUCACGUUUUCUAUUCCUGUGUCAGUCUACACAAGAUCUCACAUGUGUAUUCGUGUGUCAUUGUACACAUGUGUUUCUGCGUCAUGGUACCCAUGAUCACACAUGUGUUUCUGCCUCAUUGUACACAUGAUCACACAUGUGUUUCUGCGCCAUUAAACCCAUGAUCACACAUGUGUUUCUGCGUCAUUGUACACAUGAUCACACAUGUGUUUCUGCGUCAUUGUACGCAUGAUCACACAUGUGUUUCUGCGUCAUUGUACCCAUGAUCACAUGUGUUUCUGUGUCAUGGUACACAAGACAAUGUGUGUUCGUAUCCCAUUCACCGGGCACCGGGAAUGAUUACCUAUUGUACAUUUAUCUGGUAGCGCCGCUAAGAUUCGCCAUUCCUAAUUUAUUGAUGUAUUUGACCCGUACCGAAUCGUGUAUCUGUUAUUGUAAGUCAUGUAUCCUCGCGAUAAGUUAAUAUGAGAGAGACGGCCGCGUUAUGAUGCCCAAGCAUAUCAUUGCUCUGAAAAAGACGGUAAUUGUCAGUGUAAGGGAAUAAUUUAUUUACUCAUUCAUGACGCGUUAGGUGAUCAAUAAUAAGCGACGUGUAUUGCUUAAAGGUUUCAAUAAAUGUCAACUGUUUUAAUGGUUAGGAUGUUUAUUUUAGACUUACACUCGCAGAGUGAACGCACUGGAGCCUCUCAAUUAAAUUCGAUGUAGUCUGCCAUUCACUAACUAAGCAUGUAUGUACUCCAUGCAUUCUCAAGUGUCAAGUAAAGCAUUCACAACAUUUAUAUCAUUUAUUUCUUUUCAUUCAAACCCAUUGUGAUGAAUUCAGGUACUUUUUCGGGUUUGGAGUUUGAUAUAUUAUUAAACUAGCCU